AUGUCAUCGGAAGAAUUCAAAGGACUUCCGAUCAAACGAGAUAUAUCCUCCACUAUCUAUGCUGAUAGACCUCCAGCAUUAUCUGCUCCUCCGUGCGUUGGUGCUACUGGGAAUGAUAAAAUACAAGUACUACCGAUCCCCAAGAAAUCUAGGACUAUCAAAACCGAUAAGCCAAGACCUUUCCUAUGCCACAUCUGUACAAGGGGGUUCGUGAGACAAGAGCAUUUAAAACGACAUCAAAGAGCACAUACGAACGAGAAACCCUUUCUCUGUGUCUUUUGCGGAAGGUGUUUUGCAAGAAGGGAUCUGGUUUUGCGGCAUCAACAUAAACUACACUCAGCACUGGUUUCUAAAGAAUCUAUAAACUCUAAGGAUAAAACUGAAAUAGAUGCUAUCAAUGAUAAGAAUAUAAUUCAGAUUCAAGGCAAUAAGCAAACAAUUUUACCAACGCCUAGCAAUCCGCUAGCAAAGACGGCAGUACAGUUGAAAAAAGCCGCCAAAGAGAAAAAAAAUGGUAAGCAAGGCAAAUUAGACCUGAGUCCUUCAUACGGGGCAAAUAAUCAUAGUACAGACGUUUCACCGUCAGUGGGGAACUCAUCAACACCUGCUGUAAUCGAAGAGACAGACUCGUCUUCCCAUUUUCCGCUUCCAGAUACAAAUAUUCCGACCAAAUCAAAGAGGCAUGCAUCAUUUUCGGCAUCUAGCGCAUUCACAUAUAGUUCAGAUAACUUUCAAAAGCUACAUCAACAAGCAAAAUCGGAUUUUGAUGAACUACAGGAAAGUAUCCCUCACCAAGUGGGAUUUUCUACACCCCAAUUAACGGCACAACAACUUAUAGAAAAUGCUAUUGAAUCUGGUGUUGUGGACUUGGAAACUUUGGAUUUACCGCCAUUUUUAUCGUUAGAUGGCUUACCACCCGCGAGCUCAAGUGCUGCUGUAGCAGCAUCCGAGCAGAUAGAUAUCUGUCCCUCCUCUGCGACAGACACUAUCUCUGGCGCUAACAGUACUCCAAACCAAGCAGCAACAGCUCCUCCUUUUCAAUUACCAAUAGCAAGGGAAAGCAGUUCCUUGUUUUUGGCAAAUACCCCUUAUUUAUCUGACUUUUUAACAAUGGGAUCUUCCUAUGGUGGUUCUGGAGGGUUUGCCAAAUCUAUCACUGCUGAUCCCAGUUUGGACUAUUUCAACUACAAAAACCAUUCGCAUCCAGAUUCAAGGCAUAACAACAGCUCCAGCGGUAUCAAUUAUAGCAAUAAUAAAAACAACAAUGAAUCAAUUGAAAAAUCUCAAAACAACAGUAACGUAAUCAAUGAAACUAUUGACCACACUGACAUCCAUGCCCAUCACGCGGAUGCUCAUGAUGACUCCUUCAUAGAAAGUGAAGAGUGGCUCUCUAAGUUUAUUAUGGACUCUCAGAUUGAUAAUGAUCUUAAACUUAAUAUAAACCAUUUUAACGAUAUUGGGUUUAACAAUUUACACCCUCAAAAUCCUACGACCCAUUCUGAACCAAGAAAUAUGCAUAAUGAAAACAGAGAUAUGCACCGAUCUGCAAGCAAAUUUCAAUCUGUAUCGGAAAACAUCUCUCCAAGGGAACAAAUGUCUUUGUUUAAAACUAAACAGAACAAGGCCAUUUCAAAAUUUCUGUCUGACGAGAAAAUUCCUUCAACUGCGUCACCAUCUUCCUCUGCUUCGCCAGUUCAGUUUGAUAAAAAAAAUGUUGACAUCAAUGAAUUUUUACUGGACGAGUCCGUGUCCAACUUAUUCACGACUAGGCAAAUUGAUUUAUUCAAGAAAAAUGUGAACUUAUAUUCACCACUAUUUCAAAAUCAAAAAGACGCAGUCUCAUCUACAAGCCUGACGCCAUCGUUGACUACACAAACUGCAACGACACAAUCGGGGCCAGGGUGGACAGAUUCCUCCCAAAAGCUGACUUUCUUUACAGAACAGUUGAGAAAUUUAAUUAUUAAAGAAAACAAUCUAAAGUCUAAUCUCUUUCCCACUGUUGAUGAACUGAAUCAUUAUGUCGAUUUAUAUCAAGUGGAAUUUCAUAAAUAUUUCCCCUUUAUUCAUUUAUACUCAAUUAUACCAUCCAGUGAAAACUAUCCUUUAGUAAUAUCCAUCAGUAUGAUUGGUGCUCUUUACGGAUUUCAUUCCACACAUGCACUACUAUUGUCGAAAAUAGCAAGGACGAGAGUUAGAAUGUUCCUAGAAAAUACUCGAAGCAAUCAUGAUAAGACACCAAUUUGGCUAAUGCAAUCUUUAGUCUUAUUAACGUUUACCAGCAUUUUCUCCAAUGAUAUGAAUGCCUUUAGAACCGUGAAUACCCAGAUAAUGAUUUUGGUUCAGUUGAUUAAAAUUUCAAAGUUGAAUUACCCAUUAGAAAACUUCAUUAAGCCACCGAUCGAAAGUGACCAUGUUUUAGAAUAUCAAGAUAACCCCGCUGUUUUGAACCAGUUCAAGGCUCAAUACAAUACCCGUGAACAAAUAAACAGAAAUUUCAAAUAUUUUAUCUUAGCACAAUCAAGAAUAAGAAUAUGCCACAUAGUCCUGCUGAUUUCUAACCUCUUUAAAUCCUUAGUGGAUUUCGAUUGUUGUUUUCAUUCCAUAGAUUUGAAGUGUGGUGUUCCUUGUUACAACGAGGUACUGUUCUUUUGCGAAAAUUCAAGAACUUGGAAUGAGAACUUGACGAGAUUCAAUAUCGUUUUGGAUUCCAAGUUUUCCCUAAUUGAAGUAUCUAAUGGUGAAUCAAACUACGAGAAGUGCUUGAUGUAUUUGUCAAACGGUAAUCCUUAUCUUUAUAAAAACGCUAAAAUCUCAUUCAAGACUUUGCUAUCUUUACUGAUCUCUAUUCAUGAAAAGAUAAACAUCGAAAGAGAUGCGUUGAAAGAUAGUUACGAAAGCGAUUUCCAUGCGAAGAAUGUUCAGUGGCGGAUGCAUUCAAGACCCUUGGUCGCCACAAUGCUAAAACAUUGGGAACUACUUUACAUCAAAAAUGGUGGGAUAUUGGCUCUCAGUGACGAAAACCUGCCAAUAAUAAAUACUAAUCCGUCGUUUAGAUUGAUAAUUCCCUUGUACUUCUUUGCAAAGCUAAGGAAGUGCCUUGAUAUUGCUCCAACACUAAGAUGCAUUUGGAACCAAGACUGGAACUCAAUGAAUAGCUCUUUAGAAAAAGUGUGCUACGAGCGGGAAUCACUACGAGAGGCCACAGAGUACGCUGUAUCCGUUAUCACUUUCUGGAUUGAUACUGUCUCUGUAAUGAAGGGUAAAUCGACACAGACUCCAAUCUUCACCAUUACUUGUAUUUUUGUUUCGAUAUUGGUCAUAGCGGGGUACAUGAGGAGAUUGGAAGACUUUGCUCAAAACAAAAACAGUGAUUGUAUGAUUGGUAGUUUAAAAAGCACUGACAGGAUCUUGUGGUUAAAAGCAUUCAAAACUUUGAAGAGGAUCGAAUCACAUUUAUCUGAAAGAGAGUAUAAAUUACAAACAUUUGCUGAGUUUUUAAGGGUUCCAGAUAAUGGCAGUCUUGAUAUUGAGAGUUUGGACUCAUCCUUAAUAGAGAAUACUUUGAAUUCACAUGAUGUUACCAAUCAAGCGCUGGACAUAAUCACGAGAACAAGAUUGUCAUCAAGAACAUUGUAUUGCGGUGCUAGAAUUCUUGGCGAUACACCAGUCUGGCCCGUAUCUCUGUUGUUUGCUCAUGCCUUACAAUCUAGGGCUAUUUACAAUAUCAACCACAGGAAAUCUGUAAACAGUGUAUAG